CUCGUAAGCCGAAGCGCAGGCAGCUGGAAGUUGCGAGCAGUGGUAGGGGCACACAUGCAGGCUCCGCACAGACAGGCGCACACGCAGCGCUAUUCCAGCCAAACUUUCCAGUGAAUGCAGAGCGGGAGGCUCCCGACAGAAGCAGCGGGAAGGCACAGCACAUGCGCUGACAUAAACCACGUUAAGUAAGGCAAGAGCAAGGGAAUUGCCCCUUGUGUAUAGGUGGCAUCUACAAGCAUUCAGCUGGCACAUAAUCUAGCGGAGCGUGUCCAUCUCGUUCCUAUAGGAUGUGCUGAAAUCCGUAUCCCCGUGUGUGUUGUUCAGCCAGUGAGUAUGGGCUGCACCGGAGCUGUGUGAGUGGAGCGGGAGGAGGCAGGGCAAGUAGCACGAGCUGUGACAGACACACAGAGCAGGGGAAGAGCCGGAGGGACACGGAGGUGUCAGUGAUCGUCUGUCUCGUCCCCACAGGCACCUGCAGUCUAAACCGAAAGGGCAUCAUUCACCCCCCAAGAGCUCCGUCCAAGCCCCCCCUCUCAUUCGCGGAGACAGAUAUAUCUAUCGGGAAGGUGUGCGCAAUAUUAGGAAGCUGCGCCUUGGAGAUUGUUCAUCCGACGGAGAUCUGGAUCUCUUAGCGGCGUUGAAGCGAUUUCUGGGAGUAUUGGCUCAGUGCGGGGAUUUGUGAUGUUGGGAAAGGGACCAUCUGCAGUAUCAAUGCGGCUGAACUGAAGGAAGGGGGGGAAGGCGCCCGGCUCCCAGAGCAGCAAGCAGAAGGCAUUAUCUCCAAGAACUACACCAUUACAAUAGAGUCUGCAAAUAUGGCGACCACAAGAUGGAGCUGGAUCAGUAUAGUCACCAAGAUUGCAUUUGUAACCACAGUGUCUGCUCUCACCAGGCAAACUAUCCAGACAAAGUUAAACUUUACCAGUUUUUACGCAGAGCAGUCAGACUGGACAUUCAACCAUCUAGUAGUUGAUGUAAGGAGUGGACAUAUUUAUUUAGGAGCAGUUAACAGAAUCUACAAACUCUCUGAAGACUUAAAAAUCUUAGUAACUCACCAAACAGGACCUUCUGAGGACAACCCAAAGUGUUACCCACCAAGCAUAGUACAACCUUGUAAUGAUCAGUUGGCGCUGACUAACAAUAUCAAUAAAAUGCUGCUGAUAGACUACAAAGAAAAUCGGUUAAUUGCAUGUGGGAGUCUUUACCAAGGUAUUUGCAAACUUCUUAGGCUUGAUGAUCUCUUCAAACUUGGUGAACCUUCUCAUAAGAAAGAGCAUUAUCUCUCUGGAGUAAACGAGAGUGGCUCUGUUUUUGGAGUCAUUGUUUCUCACAAUAAUCUUGAUGACAAACUCUUUAUUGCCACAUCUGUGGAUGGGAAACCAGAAUAUUUCCCUACUAUCUCUAGCAGGAAGCUAACCAAGGAUUCAGAGGCUGAUGGAAUGUUUGCCUAUGUUUUUCAUGAUGAGUUUGUUGCUUCAAUGAUAAAGAUCCCAUCUGACACUUUCACCAUCAUUCCAGACUUUGACAUUUACUAUAUUUAUGGGUUUAAUAGUGGCAAUUAUGUCUACUUCUUGACUCUUCAGCCUGAGAUGACUUUCCCACCCGGUUCUGCUACAAAGGAGCAAGUAUAUACAUCUAAAUUAGUUCGUCUGUGCAAAGAAGACACAGCUUUUAACUCUUACGUUGAGGUUCCCAUUGGAUGUGAGAAAAAUGGAGUGGAAUACAGGCUUUUACAAGCUGCUUACUUGUCCAAAGCAGGGUCUAUACUUGCAAAGUCUUUGGGAAUUAAACCUGGGGAUGAUAUUUUAUUUACUAUCUUUUCCAAAGGUCAGAAAAGAAAAUUAAAUUCACUGGAUGAGUCGGCUUUGUGUGUGUUUGUUCUUAAAGAUAUUAACGACCGCAUUAAAGAGAGACUUCAGUCAUGCUACAAGGGAGAAGGCACUUUAGAUCUUGCAUGGCUAAAGGUGAAGGAUAUUCCCUGUGGCAACGCGCUCAUAACCAUUGCUGAUGAUUUCUGCGGCUUGGACAUGAAUGCACCACUGGGAGUAUCCGAGAUGGUUCGGGGGCACCCUGUCUUUACAGAAGACCGUGAUCGAAUGACUUCUGUGAUUGCUUAUGUCUAUAAGGAUCACUCACUGGCAUUUGUGGGGACCAAGAGUGGCAAACUGAAAAAGAUACGUGUUGAUGGUCCCGUCAAUGGAGCACUACAGUAUGAGACUAUCCAGGUGGUGGAAUCUGGUCCCAUUUUAAGGGACAUGGCUUUUACAAAAAAUGAAGAGCAAUUGUUCAUCAUGUCUGACAAGCAGCUUACACGGGUGCCAGUUGAAUCAUGUGGACAAUAUACUACCUGCAGCGAGUGCCUUGGCUCUGGAGAUCCUCACUGUGGAUGGUGUGUUCUUCAUAACACGUGUACAAGAAAGGAGAGGUGUGAACGUUCUCAUGAACCUAGACGAUUUGCAUCUGAAAUAAAGCAGUGUGUGAGAUUAACUGUCCACCCAAACAACAUCUCUGUCUCGCAAUACAAUGUGCUGUUGGUAUUGGAGGCGUACAAUGUACCAGAGCUGUCUGCUGGUGUUAACUGCACAUUUGAAGAUCUCUCAGAAAUGGAUGGGCUCGUUGUUGGAAACCAGAUUAGAUGCAUCUCGCCAGCUGAGAAAGAAGUUCCCAGGAUAAUCACAGAAAAUGGAGAUCAUCACAUUGUCCAACUCCAGCUAAAGUCCAAAGAAACUGGAAUGACCUUUGCCAGUACAAAUUUUGUCUUCUAUAACUGCAGUGUCCAUAACUCGUGCCUAUCUUGUGUGGAAAGUCCAUACCAGUGUCACUGGUGUAAAUAUCGACACGUGUGUACCCAUGAUCCAAGAACAUGCUCAUUUCAGGAAGGAAGGGUCAAGAUGUCGGAGGAAUGCCCUCAACUUCUUCAAACAGAAAAGAUCCUUAUCCCUGUGGAUGUUGUCAAACCCAUCACCCUGAAAGCAAAGAACUUGCCACAGCCACAGUCUGGUCAGAAGGGUUAUGAGUGUGUCCUGAAUAUUCAAGGAAACGAGCAGAGGGUCCCUGCGCUUCGAUUCAACAGUUCCAGUGUCCAGUGUCAGAACACAUCAUACUCCUAUGAAGGUAUGGAGAUUGACAGCCUCCCAGUAGAGCUUACUGUGGUCUGGAAUGGGGAUUUUAGCAUUGACAACCCAGCUCUCAACAAGGUUCAUCUGUACAAAUGUGGAGCCAAACGGCCAAGUUGUGGCCUUUGUUUGAAGGCUGAUACAGACUUUCAGUGCGGUUGGUGUGUUGCAGAAGGCAAAUGUACUCUAAAACAGCACUGCUUGCCAUCAGAAAGCCAAUGGCUAGAGCUAUCAGGAACACAUGGAAAGUGUGCAAAUCCAAGAAUAACACAAAUCACACCUGUGACGGGCCCACGGGAGGGAGGAACAAAAGUAACCAUUCGAGGAGAAAACUUGGGUUUGGAAUUUUGGGAAAUUGAAAAUGAUGUCAAGGUAGCAGAAGUGAAAUGUACCCCUUUGAUUGAAGAGUAUAUUCCAGCUGAACAAAUAGUGUGUGAAAUAGGGGAUGCCAAGCCCAGCCAGCAUGCUGGAUUUGUGGAUGUUUGUGUGGGAAAUUGCAGACCUCGCUUUAUGGCUAGAUCCUCCCUACUUUACUACUUUGUGACAUUAGCUCUGUCACGACUAGAGCCUUCCCAGGGACCAGUAUCAGGAGGUACACAAGUCACUAUCACUGGAACAAAUCUAAGUGCAGGUAGCAGUGUAAAAGUGAUGUUUGGAGCACAGCCAUGUAUUUUUGACAGGAGAACAGCAACUGAGAUCUUUUGCAAUACCACAGCUUCUCUGAAUCUGGGAAAAGUAAAAGUCACAGUACAGAUCGACAAAGCUAAAAUUGCUCAAGAACUGCAUUUUGAGUAUGUGGAGGAUCCCAAAAUUCUCAAAAUGGAACCAGAGUGGAGCAUUGUCAGUGGGAACACUCCGAUAUCUGUGUGGGGUACAAAUCUGGACAUUAUCAGGAAUCCCCGCAUAAGGGCCAAGCUAGGUGGAAAGGAACAUAUAAAUAAUUGCACUGUGCUAAACUCCACUGAAAUGACCUGUCAAGCACCUGCUUUGGCUGUUAACUCUAACCACCAAAAUGAAUUUAUUGAGCGCCCUGAAGAGUUUGGUUUUAUUUUGGAUAAUGUCCAAGCCGUGCUUAUUUUGAACAAAACUAACUUUACAUAUUAUCCCGACCCAGUGUUUGAAUCUUUCACUCCAUCUGGAAUUUUGGAACUGAAACCCGGAACACCUAUAAUUUUAAAGGGAAGGAACCUUAUGCCACCAGUUGCAGGAGGGAAUAUGAAACUAAAGUACUCUGUGUUUGUUGGGGACAAACCAUGCACAGUAACUGUUUCAGAUGUUCAACUUCUAUGUGAGUCUCCAAACCUCACUGGACGUCACAAAGUGAUGGCUAGGGUUGGAGGAAUGGAGUUUUCACCUGGAAUGGUCUAUAUAACCCCUGACAGCCCAUUAAGCUUGCCAGCUAUUGUCAGUAUUGCAGCCGCUGGAGGGUUACUUAUCAUCUUCAUUGUGGCCGUUCUAAUUGCUUACAAAAGGAAGUCACGAGAAAGUGAUUUGACAUUAAAGAGACUGCAGAUGCAGAUGGAUAAUUUAGAAUCAAGGGUGGCCUUGGAGUGUAAAGAAGCAUUUGCUGAACUUCAGACAGACAUUCAUGAACUGACCAGUGACUUAGAUGGAGCUGGGAUUCCUUUCUUGGACUAUAGAACGUAUACCAUGAGAGUUCUCUUCCCAGGAAUUGAAGACCACCCUGUGUUAAAGGAUCUAGAGGUCCCUGGUUACAGACAGGAGCGAGUUGAGAAGGGUCUCAAGCUAUUUGCACAGUUGAUCAACAACAAGGUGUUUCUACUCUCCUUUAUCCGAACACUUGAAUCUCAGCGCAGUUUCUCCAUGCGUGACAGAGGCAAUGUGGCUUCCCUCAUCAUGACAGUACUACAGAGCAAAUUAGAAUAUUCUACGGAUGUACUGAAACAGCUCCUCUCAGAUCUUAUUGACAAGAACCUGGAAAGCAAGAACCAUCCCAAGCUACUUUUGAGAAGAACUGAAUCAGUAGCAGAGAAGAUGCUGACCAACUGGUUUACAUUCCUACUUUACAAGUUCCUCAAGGAAUGUGCAGGGGAGCCCCUCUUCUCCCUCUUCUGUGCUAUCAAGCAGCAAAUGGAAAAAGGUCCCAUUGAUUCAAUUACUGGGGAAGCACGUUAUUCACUUAGCGAAGAUAAACUUAUUAGGCAGCAGAUUGACUACAAGACAUUGGUUCUCAACUGCAUCAACCCUGACAAUGUGAAUAGCCCUAUGAUCCCCGUAAAGAUUUUAAACUGUGACACAAUUACUCAAGUAAAGGAGAAGAUCCUGGAUGCCAUCUUCAAAAACUUGCCCUGCUCUCUCCGUCCAAAGGCUGCAGACAUGGAUUUAGAGUGGCGACAAACAAAUGGAGCUCGAAUGAUUCUCCAAGAUGAAGACACAACAACUAAGAUUGAGAAUGACUGGAAGAGGCUAAAUGUCAUUGCACACUAUCAGGUACUAGAUGGCUCAGUUGUAGCAUUGGUUUCUAAGCAAGUCACAGCAUACAAUGCAGCCAAUAACUCCACUGUAUCUAGGACAUCAGCAAGUAGAUAUGAGAACAUGAUCAAAUAUACUGGAAGCCCAGACAGUCUCCGUUCUCGAACUCCAAUGAUAACUCCAGAUCUCGAGAGUGGAGUAAAGGUUUGGCAUCUAGUGAAAAAUCAUGAACAUGGAGACCAAAAGGAAGGCGACAGAGGAAGCAAAAUGGUAUCAGAGAUCUACUUAACAAGGCUCCUAGCUACAAAGGGAACCUUACAGAAAUUUGUGGAUGAUCUGUUUGAAACAAUAUUUAGCACAGCACAUCGUGGAAGUGCUCUUCCUCUCGCAAUCAAGUAUAUGUUUGACUUCCUAGACGAACAGGCGGACAAGCAUGGUAUUCAUGAUCCUCAUGUGAGGCACACUUGGAAAAGUAAUUGUUUACCACUGAGAUUUUGGGUGAAUGUCAUAAAAAAUCCCCAGUUUGUCUUUGACAUACAUAAAAAUAGUAUUACGGAUGCCUGCCUUUCUGUGGUAGCACAAACUUUCAUGGACUCAUGCUCAACCUCAGAACACCGUUUAGGAAAAGACUCCCCUUCCAACAAACUUCUAUAUGCCAAGGACAUUCCCAGUUAUAAGAACUGGGUAGAAAGGUACUAUUCUGAUAUUGCCAAAAUGCCGGCUAUAAGUGACCAAGAUAUGAACGCUUAUUUGGCUGAGCAGUCUCGUAUGCACAUGAAUGAAUUCAACACCAUGAGUGCACUCUCAGAGAUAUACUCGUAUGUUGGAAAAUAUAGUGAAGAGAUUUUGACAGCACUUGAUCAAGAUGACCAAGCUGGGAAGCAAAAACUUGCCUACAAACUAGAACAAGUUAUUGCCCUGAUGAGUAUAGACAGCUGAAAACUAUCUUUCCAGGUUCUCCUGGGAGAGAUAAACCAAGCCGUGCCUCAGUCAAGAUCAUCACCUUACCAAGUGCAAGUUUCGAUUAGCUGGAUGCAGAGCCUCCUACUCUGCGUCCUCUUCUUCCCUCUAUGAACCUUGUGGAUUCAACAAUAAAUCCUUUGGAUUAAAGGAGGACAUUCAGUUGGACUACCUUUGGGAAACAAAGACUUUCUAGUUAAGACUACUGCUCUCAGAGAAAUGAUCACAUUAUCAGUAUGGGAAACUAGUAGGUCUUAUCUGCUGUGCUGCUUUUAGCCUCCUUCUUACAGUAAACUGGUAGGGGUGGCUUAUGAACCCAGUAUUAUUGUAUUGUAACACAUUCAAAUUAAAAAUGAAUAGCUUCUUUGGCAGAACAAGGCAUUUUUGAUAACCAAAUCGAAUUACUUCAAAAUCUGUCUUUGUGAAACAAUGGAUUAUCGUUGAGCAUGAAUAUAAGACCAUGUAAAAUCUUUCUUGAAAUCUCUCAGAGGCAGUUAGGAGUAAGAGGUUACAUUUUUUGUAUUGUUGUAUUUUUUUUCAUGUCUUUGUUUUUAAUUAUUUUAGUAAUUAUCAGCAAAAAAAUAAGUAAAAUGUGGUGUGUUCCCAGUGAGACAGAUAUUCUGCUCAAAUCCCCAUCGUAUGGCAAAGGUGAUGCAUAUUAUUAAACAAAAGGAACUUAUAAAUUAAAAGGUUACCAUUUGAGAAGAUCUGCUAAUGGAUACUUGGAAGAAUAUUAGGAUCUUAUUUAAGGAACCUCCAAUGUUCUUCAGUGUUUAUGACAGAACAAAAAGAGCAUUGUUUUGGAACAUUACAUCUGCUGAAAUGGAAACCCAAAUUCAAAGCCAAGAAAGUCUUUCCUGUCUUGGUGGAUGCCCCAAAGUGAAAAGUUACACUAUGACACCAAAACUCCUACGUCACAAUAUGUAAGAGAGCUUGGAAAAUGAUUUGAAGUUACUUAAUUGGUUCACCUUAAAGUCUGAUAAAAGCAAAGGCCUGUGAUUGAAAACUAAACUUGUGGCAUGUCAUUGAGUAACUAUCUUUUAAGCAUUUUGGGUCUAUUAUCAUGAAGUGCACAACUUGGACAAAUAAAUGAAUGAUUAAAGCUUAAAUUUGAGAAUAACUAGUGUCUGCAUAAAACCCUGUAAGUUUUCAUAUAUCCAAAAGACAGCAGUUCUCAAGGUUUUGGAAUAUUAAAAUCGGAAAUCGGACUUGCAUUUUGUAGCUGACGCAUGGAAAAAGGAGCACAACAUAACAGCAAAAAAGAAACAUUAAUACAGCACAAUUUUAUUUGGAUAUCCAGAUGGAAGGAUAUAUCCUGGCACCUGCUGACAAAUAGUAACAAUAAGAGCUGACUUUUUGGAAAAACUGCCACAAGACUUUUAAAACCAAGCAUAAUACUUUUUAAGGUAGCAUUUCAACCACGCAUUUUUCUUUCUAAACUUGCAAAAUCGACACGUCAGUAUUUUAAUGACAAACACGUUAACUCCAUGUGUUAAUGGAACAAAUGCAAAGCAUACACAAUUACUCGUUUCUCAAGAACACACAAAUGAUGCGCUUCAAGUUUUCAAUAUAUUUAAUAUGUCAUUGGCAACUCCAAGAAAAA